CAGUACACGCCGUUAUUCUCAAAGCAUUCAAACUUCAUAAACUGAACACCAGCACCGCCGCGGCCUAUAAAUAAAUCAGCAUUUAAUUUGAUUUAAAUUAUCACAGCAAAGCAACAUUCCCGCGCCAAAAUAACAUAAUCUCUCUCUCUCUCUCUCUCUCUCUCUCUUCAAAUCCCUGAGAAUUUCAAAUUUCUCCCUCCACCUCCAUGCCAUGGAGAAGGGUCUGAUAUCGGUGGACCGGUGGUCCGGAGAGAGCCAGGCCUACUUCCUGACUCACCUCCACUCCGACCACACCAAAGGCCUCUCAUCUUCCUGGUCCAAGGGCCCCAUCUUCUGCUCCCGCCUCACCGCCAAGCUCUUCCCCUUCAAAUUCCCCGAUUUCAGACUCUCCUUGCUCCGCAUCGUCGCCGUCGGCUCUUGGCACUCCCUCUCUCUCCUCUCUUCUUCCACCGGUUCCAAGACCGUCCUCCAGUUCAUGGCCAUCGACGCUCACCAUUGUCCUGGUGCCAUUAUGUUCUUGUUUCGCGGAGACUUUGGCUGUUUGCUAUACACUGGUGAUUUCCGGUGGGAAGUUACUAGUGAUAGGGCAAAUCUUGCAAGGAACACGCUCCUCAAUGCUCUUAAUGGUAGUUCAGUUGACAUCCUUUACUUGGAUAAUACAUACUGCAACCCCUCGCAUGAUUUUCCGCCUCGAGAAUUUACUGCGCAGCAGAUCGUUGAUAUAAUUGCCUCUCAUCCUGACCAUGAUAUCAUCAUUGGGAUUGAUUCUCUGGGAAAAGAAGAUCUUUUGCUGCACAUUUCGCGGGUCCUUAAAAUAAAGAUUUGGGUGUGGCCAGAACGCUUGCAAACCAUGCACCUUCUUGGAUUCGAUGAGAUGUUCACAACUAAGACUUCUCUUACUAGAGUGCGAGCUGUUCCUCGUUAUAGCUUUAGUGUUGAAACCUUAGAAGGGCUGAAUACAAUGCGUCCAACCAUUGGGAUCAUGCCAUCUGGUCUUCCUUGGGUGGUAAAACCCUCUGAAGGAAGUGACAAUCUUUUUGGUUCUCUUUUAACUUCUCGCUACAACAUAAGUAAAUGUACUGAAAAUGGUGGGGCCCGGACUUAUAAGUCAAAUGGGAGUUUAGGAUCUACUGAAAGGUUUCACAAGUACAUUUAUUCUGUUAGCUACUCUGAUCACUCGUCCUAUUCUGAGAUAGAGAACUUUAUAAAGCUUGUUCAGCCAGCCAACAUGAAAGGCAUUGUGUCAUCAUCAACUUGCUAUGUUGAUCCUAUGUACUACUUUGGCCGCCUUUGUGGAGUAAACCAACCAGCACAGAGGCUACGCCAAAAGCAUAAAAGGAAAGAGAGUGAUGAAAUAACUUUGGUUACCAAAUCUAUAUUUGGCCGGAAUAUUUCUGAGGAACUAGUGAAGAAAUUGGCAAGGAACAUGAAGGUUAAAUACGUACGUGCACAAGCAAGCAGAGUAAGUUCACGCAGGCGAGUAAGGUGUGGCGCAAAGAUUCUGGAAGAUGACUGUCGUGACUGAAUAUUGCUCUGUUAAAACUCUUUUAACAGAGUGGUUUUUUCUUUGGCGUAGGAACUAAAUGUUGUGGACUUACGCUUAUGAAUUGGCUUCUAAAGCUCUUAAUAUCGGGAUUCGGUAGUGCAGAUGUGUCAUCUCUCUCUCACUCUGUGCCUUGGCCCAGAGAAAUUAUUGCUGUAUAGAGUUGAAAAGCAAUACCUUGUCAUGUGAAUCUUUUCUAUAAUGCAAUUAUAUGUUAUACUGUUUUGGUUUCUUUUCUAGAGUU